AUGACGCUCGCCGAGAAGAUCGGGCAGAUGUCGCAGAUCGACCAGGAGAACGCCACCGCCGGCGUCAUCAGGAGCGUGCUGAGGGGCGGCGGCAGCGUGCCGGCGGCGGACGCCCCGCCGGAGGCGUGGGUGGAGAUGGUAGAGGAGAUACAGCGCGCGGCGCUGUCGACGCGCCUGGGGAUCCCCGCGAUGUUCGGCAUCGACGCCGUCCACGGCCACGGCUACGUCUACAAGGCCACCGUCUUCCCGCACAACGUCGGCCUCUGCUGCACCAGAGACCCUGAGCUCGCAAAGAGGGUUGGAGCAGCGGUUGCAUUGGAGGUCAGGGCCACCGGAAUCCCCUUCAUAUUCGCUCCAUGCCUGGCGGUGUGCAGAGAUCCGAGGUGGGGACGGUGCUAUGAGAGUUUCAGCGAGGACCCCAAGCUGGUGCAGCAGAUGACCUCCAUCAUCUCGGGCUUCCAGGGAGAAAUCCCGGCGAGCGGCCGGCGAGGCGCCCCGUUCAUCGCCGGCCAGCGCAACGUGGCUGCGUGCGCGAAGCACUACGUCGGCGACGGCGGCACCACCAGGGGAAUCAACGAGAACAACACGAUGGCCACCUUCCACCAGCUGCUUGGCAUCCACAUGCCGCCCUACUACAGCGCCGUCAUCCAGGGCGUCUCCACCAUUAUGGUCUCGUACUCGAGCUGGAACAGGGUCAAGAUGCACGCUAAUCCAGUGGCGGAGCUAGGAUUUUUGUAUAGGAUUGACGCCGAGCAUUUUGACCGCCGGAGCUUGGGAGCUGCAUUGAGCUGCUGGCCGACAGGCAGCCAUGGGGGUGAAGAAGAGUCGCAGCCGCAGCUGGGCCCGUGUUGCGGCGACGUUGAUCUUGUGGUGGUGCUGCGCUUGUGCCGUUGCAGCGGCGGCAAUGGCGGCCGCAGGCGGAGGAGGGGAUGA